AUGGCUCAAGCUCGCCUUGCUCUGGCUCUGUGCGCCCUGUUCCUCGUCCACGGCGUGGCCCAGAGAGCCGAGGCGGUCUCGUACAACGUCGGCAACAGCGCGGGGUGGGAUCCCAGCGCCGACUUGCCGUCGUGGGCCGACGGCAAAACCUUCAACGUCGGCGAUGUUCUAGUGUUUCAGUACUCCACCUACCACACCCUGGACGAAGUCGACGAGGCCGGGUUCAACAACUGCAGCGCCGCGAACGCGCUCCGGUCCCAGAACGACGGCAACACGACGGUGCCGCUGACGGCGCCCGGCGACCGAUACUUCAUCUGCGGCGACCAGCUGCACUGCCUGGGCGGGAUGAAGCUGCACGUGCUCGUCAACCAGCCGGCGGGAGGAGCUCCGGCGGGCGCCCCGACGCAGUCCCCGCCGCAGACGGGCUCCGGGGCCGCCCUUGGGCCCAGCACCGACGACGCGGGCAUCCCCUGGCUCGUGCUCGGCGGGUCGCACCGAGCUACGGUAGGCCCCCUGCUGGUGACGUGGCUGUUUGUAGUAGCAGCAGCUGUGCUUGUAUGA